AUGGGCUGUAAGUUGCCGAAGCCCAGAGGUUCAGAAGAAGCUCCAGGAAAGAUCUACUCCACACUCAGAAGAGCGCAGGUGGAGACUCAGUCAGGAGUGACCUACACAUACCACUACCUGGAUUUCCUGUUGGGAAAGGAAGAGGUGGCAGUGUCUUCACUACUGUGUCUGACAUCAGUGAGAGAGCUUUCUGUGCAGGUGUGCGAGUUGUAUCAGAAGGGAUUCGUACUGGCUGCUGUCCAUCCUUUCCUUCACUCUGGUGGACCUGCUAGUGCUAACCUACAGAAGCAGUUACAUCGAGCUGUGCUCAUUAGAGAAACACACAGUGGUUCCGACAGUGGUCUGCUGAACCCGGUGGGACUUCAUCUUGCGACAGACAUGUGCUACCGAGGUCACCAGGAACCUGACUCCGAUGUUAUACAGGGUUACAUGAAAAAGGUGCAGGACUUGGCUGAUCAGGGUAAUCUGUUUGUGGGGUUUUUGCGACAGCCCAGUGUCGGUCCAUGUUUCCUUUGGCACUGGGAACCAGAGGAGUUUUCCUCCAUUCAUUCCAGCCUCUGUUCUGUGCAUCACAACAGCAGUCCUCCAACUCUCAGGCCAGCUAGUGAGAAGAGCCAACACGAUAAGGACUGUGCAAAUGGAUAUCAUCAAAACCACAACAUUAUGAUCAUUAAUCCAGAUUUACAAAACCAGAGGCAGCAAACCAAAACCAUUCUGAACCAAACCACAGAGAGCAGCCAGUGUUGGAAUCAUCAGAAUCCUUUCACCGAUAACCACAAAUGUUCAGAUUAUCAAUAUCUUAAUGAAGAACAAGAAUGCAACCAAGAGCGGUUGCAUGAGUCUACAUUAAUAUCUUGCACAUCAGAGGCACAUCAGACCCAGAGUGCUAGAAUCCAAGCUGUACAUCCCAGCUGUGAUCUGGAAGACAACCAGAAGCUAGACCAUAGAGAGCAGGUCAGAAGUCAAGACAAAGCCAGCAAGCAUGUUGGACCUGCACAGAUGUUGAAUCGUGUUCAGGUCUUCGCUCUGUACCACCACACAAUGGUUCUUUCAGAAUCACCCAAGUUCUUUUCUCUGAGGGUUCCACUGCAGGUGCACAGGGAGGCGGGUCUUGUUAGCUCGAUGGACUCUCAUUGGCUGGAUCACAUGAGCCAGCACUUCAGAAGUGGUGCACAACUCAUUGACGGUUACUUCAAACUUGUAGAUGACGUGGCAUCAUCUUCCAUAGUGGAGAGUGUUUUUAUCUUCCAAAGUGCCCCUGGAGAUGUCUCUGCAACAACAGCGUAUGAUGCCAUUGUGGUUGAGCAAUGGACUGUGAUUGAUGGUGUUGCCGUGAAGACAGACUACAUCCCACUGCUUCAAUCUCUGGCUCCAUAUGGCUGGAAACUAAUGUGUGUGCUGCCCACUCCUAUUGUCAAAGCUAAAAGUGACGGAAGUCUGGCCACAAAACAGAUCCUCUUCCUCCAGAGACCCAUUCUGCCCUGCAAGAACAGAGAAUUGACGAAACUGUACAUCAGAGGUCAAAACAAAAGGAACUUAAAUAGUAAGAGGACACAAGAGAAGGAAAUAUCUCCACUUGCAACAAUCGAGAGGGAAAUGGAAAGGUUGGAGAGCGAAAGAACAAGUCUGGCGAAGCAACAUGAGAGAAUAAAAAAGAAUAAUGGGCAGAAUUUGUCAAAAAACCCAGAGAGGAGAAAUCAACUGGGCAAAAUGCAGGAAGUCCAUUUGCAGAAGAUUAACAUGAUACACACAAAAAGAGAUGGAAUCAAAUGUUCAAAUUUCACCAAUCAAUAAUUAAAAGGUGGGAUUACAUGUGAUAAAAUAGGGAAGGAUGUGAGACCUGUGGUGACCGAGAGAGCACUAUUCUCUGGAGUGUGUUGACAGUAUUAAUUUAUGAUCCCCACAGACACCACCAUUGUGUCCUUGAGUAAGGCACUUAACUCCAGGUUGCUCGGGGGGGAUUGUCCCUGUAAUAAAUGCACUGUAAGUCACUUUGAAUAAAAGCAUCUGCCAAAUGCAUAAAUGUAAAUGUUAUGCAUAAAUAACCAUUACAAUAGGUUCAUGUUUAUUCAGGCAGAAUACACUG